GAGUCUAACGCCCCGACCACAUCUCUCCCACCGGCUACAUUGAAAUUACAGGAACUGACCUUGCUUUAAGCUAACAAAGCUGACUUUGCAAGAACACAUCUCGCUCCUCUUGCAUUUGAAUGGAAAUAAAAGAGAUUCUGUGACCUUGGAAGAUGAAGAUGUUGUUACCAUGGGAACUAUUAAUCUUGCUGUCACUCAAGAGCUGCCUAGCAGAGAGAAUUAUUCGACAUGGCCCAGUGUUCACCCAAGAGCCCAGUGACAGUGUGUUCCCUUUAAGUACUGAGGACAACAAGAUAUUUAUCAACUGCAAAGCCAAGGGAAGUCCAGCACCUCAUUACAAGUGGAAAUUCAACAGGAAAGACCUUGACAUUGAUACAGACUUCAAUUACAGUCUUGUUGAGGGAAACCUAUUGAUCCAUAACCCACAGGCAACUAAUCAUGGAGGUGUUUACCAGUGUAUCGUUACUAAUGCUUUUGGAACAAUCCUCAGCCGAGAGGCAAAAGUGGAGUUUGCAUACCUGCAGAAUUUCAGUAGCAAGGCCAGGAGUCCAGUGCUAGUGAGGGAGGGACAGGCUGUUGUGCUCCUGUGUGGUCCACCACCCCAUUUUGGAGAAAUCAGAUACUCCUGGAUAUUUAAUGGCCGCCCCAGUGUGGUCGUUGGAGAUAACCGUCGCUUUGUGUCCCAGAGGACUGGAAACUUGUAUAUUGCUAAGGUGGAGACAUCAGAUGUGGGCAACUACACAUGUGUGGUGAAGAAUUUGAUGACCAACACAACCGUCUACAGCUCCCCAACUCCUGUUGUGCUACGGCGGGAUGCUGUGAUGGGGGAAUAUGAGCCCAAGAUUGAAGUCCAGUUUGAAAAAAACAUCCAUGUUGCCAAAGGAUCCUCGGUUAGACUGGAGUGCUUCGCAUUAGGAAAUCCAGUGCCUUCUAUAUCCUGGAAGAGGGAAGACAGAAGCCCUUUCCCUGGAAAAAUGAAGAUAAAUCAUUCCAAUGGGGUCCUGGAGAUCCCAUAUUUUCGUCCAGAGGAUGCUGGACUUUACGAGUGCGUGGCCGAAAACUCCAAAGGACGUAGUGUUGCAAAAGGACGUCUUGUAUUUCAAAAUGUCGAACACCUGCAAUGGUUGCAGACUCUGUUUGAUACAAACAUGGCUAUUGAGGCUGAUCUUCAGUGGGAGUGCAAAGCUAAUGGAAAACCUCAACCUGUUUACAGAUGGCUUAAGAAUGGACAGCCUGUGAUCCCUGAGGACAGAAUUCGUGUUGAUGGUGGCAGGUUAACCAUCUCCAACAUAAACCUGAUAGACUCUGGCAUGUAUCAGUGUGUGGCAGAGAAUGAGAAUGGAGUCAUAUAUGCCAGUUCAGAGCUCAAAGUUGAGGCCUCUCCUCCAGACUUCUCCAAAAACCCAUUGAGGAAGACCACGCUGAUCCAAAGAGGCGGGGAGGCUAUCAUCGAAUGCCGGCCACACGCAUCCCCCAGAGCAUCUUACUUUUGGAGGAAAGGCAACGAGUUUGUGAAAGACAGCAAGAGAUGGAUAAUCUUAGAGGACGGCACCCUUAGGAUCACCAACGUUACCAAAUCGGAUGCAGGCAGGUACACUUGUGUGGCCAGAAACCCAUUUGGCACAUCCAGCAGUAGCGGCACUUUAGUGGUCAAAGAACCAACCAAGAUUACAGUGCCUCCACUGAGUAUGGAUGCCACAGUAGGGGAGAGCAUUGUCCUGCCAUGUGAAGUAUCUAAAGACUCCACUCUACACCCUACCUUUAAGUGGUUCUUCAGUGGGAAACUCAUAGAUUUCAGUAGACACGACCACUUUGGAAUGAUAGGAGGGGAAUCGUCUGGUGAUCUUAUGAUCAGAAACGUACAGCUAAAGCACUCUGGAAAGUACGUCUGCAUGGUGCAUACAGCAGUGGACAGUGUGUCCGCCGCAGCACACCUAAUUGUCAGAGGGCCCCCUGGUGCACCGGUUGGCGUGUUGGUUGGGGACGUCACAGAUAGGACCGCUCAACUCUCAUGGGGCCCGGGGCCAGACAACCACAGUCCAGUUACCUUCUACAUCGUACAAGCCAGGACGCCAUUCUCUAUUGGAUGGCAAGCAGUCAAAACUGUUCCUGAUUCUGUGCCUGGACAGAUGAUUCAUGCGACAGUGGUGGAUCUAAAUCCAUGGGUAGAUUAUGAAUUUAGAGUUGUGGCUAUCAACAACGUGGGAGUGGGGGAGCCCAGCGUGCCAUCCAAACCCGUUCGCACCAAAGCUGCAGAUCCUGAAGUAGCUCCAGCCAACGUGAGUGGAGGCGGCGGCAGCCGAGGCGAACUCGUGAUUGUUUGGGAGCCUUUGCCGGAAGAGCUGCAAAAUGGACAAAAAUUUGGAUAUGUCGUGGCAUUUCGUCCGCUUGGCAGCACAACAUGGAAACAGAGCGUGUUGGUCUCAGCCGAUGCUUCACGAUAUGUUUUUAAAAAUGACAGUUUUCCACCACUCACUCGGUUUGAAGUAAAAGUUGGUGUCUACAACAACAUUGGAGAGGGACCGUUUAGCCCCGUGGUCAUUGUAUAUUCAGCUGAUGAAGAACCUUCAGUAGCUCCUUCAAGAGUAUGGGCUCGCACACUCUCAGCAUCUGAGAUCGAGGUUUUCUGGGAACCUGUCCACCAAACCAGCAGCAAAGGAAGGAUAACAGGCUAUGAGGUGCAGUGGUUGGAGGAUGGCUCACCAGAAAGUGAUGCAGAGAGAGUAAGAGUCACAGAGAGCUCAGUCAAUAUCACCGGUCUGAAGGGAAGCACCCUGUAUCUGGUGUAUGUCAGAGUGCACAACAGUGCGGGCACCGGACCCUCCAGUGCCCCCAUCAGUAUCACCACCAAGAAACCACCUCCAAGUCAACCUCCAGGGAACAUUGAGUGGAACUUGACAAACUCAAAAGUCUUUCUGAACUGGGAACAUGUGAAGGCGAAGGACAAUGAAUCAGAAGUAACCGGCUACAAGGUUGUGUACCGUCAGAGCUGGCACAAGGGAAGCAGCGUAGUGGAGACCAACAGGACGUCAGUGGAGCUUCAAUUGCCAUCAGGAGAAGACCUGCUCAUUCAGAUUAAAGCCCUGAGUGAUGGAGGAGAUGGCAGCAGCAGCAGUCCUAUACGUAUACCAAAGAUGUCAAGCCUGACCUCAAAAGGAUACUUUAGUUCUGAUGCGAACAAGAUGGUCCAUGUUCAUGGAGUUGUGUUUGUGAUGCUGUCAUGGUUGUUUUCAUAGAAUUUUGCCUUUACUUAGCACAUACGUCUAAAAAGCUGGUUUGUUACAUUUUAUUUGAUUUUUGAAAGAUGGAAUGGUGAAAAAAAGAAAAAUGAUGACUCAGCUCCAUUGCCUUAUAUUGUGAUGUUUUUUACCUCUUUGUCAAACUGUUUGUGCUUUUGUAUGUAGAUUAUAUGCACAAAAAGCAAGCUUUCUCAUGUAGCUACUAAUUUUGCUUAGGCGUUCAGAACUGAGAUUCAUGUCGAGCACAUCUUGAAUAAUGUAAUUCAGUAGUGACCUGGAAUUUUGUAUCUCCAAAAUAAUUUCUGGGAUUCUUGAUUAUACCUAUGCUGUUUUUUUUUUAGUUUUUUUUUUAUUAUACAGAAGUCAGGUGGUUCAAAGAAGUCAAAGAGAAUGUGUUUGUGUAUGUUAAAAGGCCAUUUAUAUGAUUAAAUGCAUUCGGUUUUUCCCUUAUGCUCAGCAAGUAGUGACACUGACUACCACCCCUGGAGUUGUGAGAUAAAAUCUGGAUGUGCUGAGUGACUCCAGCCAGGUCUCUUAAGCAACCAAAUUGGCCCGGUUGCUUGGGAGGGUAGAGUCACAUGGAGUAACCUCCUCGUGGUCACGAUUAGUGGUUCUCGCUCUCAAUGGGGCAUGUGGUAAGUUGUGUGUGGAUCGCAGAGAGUAGCAUGAGCCACCACAUGUGGAAUCUCCACGGUUUCAUGCAUGACGAGCCACGUAAUAAAAUGCUCAGAUUGACAGUCUCAGAAGCGGAGGCAGCUGAGACUUGUCCUCCGCCACUCAGAUUGAGGUGAGUAACCACGCAACCAUGAGGACCUACUAAGUAAUGGGAAUUGGGCAUUCCAAAUUGGGAUGGGACAAAAAAAAAAAAAACAAU